AUGGAAUCAAACCAGCGAGCACCCAAAAAGCUCAUUAUUCGGCCGCUCCGGCGGGAGCCGAAACUCCCCCAGGAGUUCUAUCAGGAGAGCUGGACUCACCUGGCACGGGCACUCGACCAGGUGUUCUCGCCUUCUUCGCGGAGGCCGCUCUCGUACGAAGAGCACUAUCGCCGCGUGGAGGACUUGUGUCUGCACCAUCUCGCAAAGCAGCUGUACGCGGACUUGCAGCGGGAGGUGGACGGGUAUCUCGAGCGCGUUUUUCGGGAACAGCUGAGCGAUCCCGUCCUAGCGGCUAUGCUGCACGUGGCACAGGGUAGCGCUCAGGCAGUUGAACCAACGGAGCGGCCCGCUUUUGCUCCUGUGCUCGAUGUGUGGCGAGCUUUCUGUGAGCGAUUUCGGGAUAUCCAGGCGAUUUUUCUCUACCUCGAUCGGACUUAUGCGGCGGAAAGUCCUCAGGUGCCGUCGCUGUGGGAGAUGGCGCUAGAGCUGUUCGCGAAGCACAUGCUCGCGGAACAACAACGCGUCCUCCUGCCGACGCUCGGAGCAGUGCUUCUGGAAAUCGAGCUGGAUCGCAAAGGCAAACAGCGAGGAGAUUGCUCAGACUUACGCGCUAUUCUUAGGGAGAUGUUCGCACCGUUGGGUUUCUAUCGCACCCACUUCGAGCCGCUCUUCUUCCAGCAGACGCGCGCAUUUUAUGUGGCGAAAGGCACCGAAUUUGUCACACAGGGAACUCUAUCGGACUAUUUGGCCUAUUUUGAGCACAGUACACAGGCCGAGGCUGAGCGCUGCCGCCUCCACCUCGAGCCGAGCACGGAGAAACCGCUGUUCGCGAUCCUGCACGAUGUGCUCGGUCGCCACUGUGUGAGUGUGAUGAUGGAUCGGGGCCUGGAGAGCCUCUUAGACGCUGUAUCUCUAACGGAUUUGCGUCGUCUCUAUGUGCUGUUGCGAUCCAUAGAUGAAUUGUGGCGUCUUGUGCCGCGCUACAGUGAUUAUAUUCGUGUUCGAGGGACACAGAUCGUGAACGAUCGGGCGCGUGAUCACGAAAUGAUAGAGCGAUUGUUAGCGUUGCUGGAUCGUGCCGAGCAAACCGAACGGGAAGCGUUUCAGGCAGACGUUCGUUUCCAUAAUGCAGCCCAGACGGCUUUUGAGGCGGCGCUGAACACCCGCCAGCCUACACCGGCGGAGCGCUUGGCUCGCUCUUUUCACGACCUGCUGCGCGUGAGCAGCACCUCGAUUCCGGAGCCGGACAUACGGCGCAAAAUCGGAAAGCUUUUGGAGCUCUUUCGUUAUCUUAGCGGCAAGGAUAGUUUUCUGGCCUUUUACAAAAAGUAUCUGGCACAGCGCUUGCUAUUCGAUCUCACUGCGUCGACGGCCUGCGAGCAGUACGUGGUGGAACUGCUACGCGCCGAAUGUGGCGCAGUCUAUGUCAAUCAUCUCGUCAAUAUGCUCAAAGAUAUGGAUCUUAGUCAGGACCUUUUGCAGGAGUACCGAAUGGGUCCGGGAUCGGGUUCAUCUCGAUUGCCGUCGUUCACCUGCAAAGUCAUCACACAGGCAUACUGGAACAGUAGCGAAUCUUUCUUGCUGCAGGUACCACCGGGGCUGGAGAGUCAGCAGCGCUCUUUUCAUCGCUUUUAUCACGCACGAUUUUCUGGAAGGCGCCUUAUCUGGGAGCCGUCUCUGAGUUCCGCAGAGCUACGGGUGCAGUUUGCUAACGGCGAGAAAGUGCUUCACGUUACGCUGAGCCAGGCCGUGGUGCUGCUGCUCUUCAACGAACGGGAUGCUUGGACGCUUGCGGAACUACAGCAGCAGACCGGUAUCGCGGACUCUGCGGAGCUUGAACGGAUUCUGGAUUCUCUCUCCUCAUCGCAGUGUCCGGUGCUGAUUCGAGAGCGUGGUGCAGAAGCUGCCUCAUCAGGGCCUGUGACCGCUCCUGCACGCUAUCGUUUCAACGCCGAUCUGCAGACAAGUCGUCGUCGUUUGCGACUUUUGGACAUUGCCUUGUUGGAGCGGCCGCCCGAGCAGGUACCGAGCGGCCCGGUAGCGAGCCCUGAUCGACAGCACCAAAUCGAUGCAGCCAUCGUGCGGUUGCUGAAGAAACAGAAGAGUCUGUCGCAUGCAGACCUCGUGCAGCAGCUUGGCGCCGAGCUCUGCUUCGGACCGUCGGUUUCGGAUGUGAAGCAGCGCGUUGAAUCGCUCCUCCAACGUGAAUACAUCGGCCGCGAUGAGCGGGACCCUAACCUGUACCACUAUGUGAGUUGA